AUGGCCCCCCUUCCACCCGACCCCUACAAGAUUCUCGGCGUUACCAAGGAUGCCCAGACACCCGAGAUUCGCUCCUGCUACCGAAAGCUUGUUCUCAAGUGCCAUCCAGACAAGGUUCAGGAUCCCAAGCUCAAGGAGGAGAAGCAGAAUGAGUUUCAGCGCGUUCAGCAGGCCUACGAGCUCCUUUCCAACGACGACGAGCGCCAAAGAUACGACGACAAGGUCAAGCUAGAGGAACUCCGCCGCCUGAUGAAGGAAAAGGCGCACAUUUCGAGCCCAAAGCCCUCCGCCAAGUACUCGGGCGAGUUUGAGAUUCGCACCGAGACGCGCCCCUCCUUCAAGUCCUCGCCCUCGACCACCAAGGUUUACCACUUCACCCGUCAUGACGACGAAUACGGCACGCGCGGCCCCCGUGUCUACGAAAAGAGCAGCCGCUCCUCCAAGCGCGAUCCCAGCGUCUCCGAACGAUACUCUAAGCGGGAAGCCGAAAAGGAGCGCGACAAGGAACGCGACCGUGAACGCCGCCGUAAGGAAGAAGAGGUCAUUCGCCGCAAGGCUGAGAAGGAGCAACAGAAGCUCGAAAAGAAGCAAAAGGAGAAGUUGCGCGAUCGUGAAAUGAAGCGCGACGCUGAGGAAAAGUACCGCACUCGCCACCCCAAGCCCCCGGCCGAGGUCUACGAGGAUGAAGCUCCCAGAUCGGAUCGCAAGCGAUCCAGCAAAAAGGAUGACAAGGCCGGUCGCACUUCGCCCCGCGACGAAAAGCCCACUCCUUCUCGCCCACCGCUGAGCAGGAGCUUUUACUCCCCCGACGACCGCAGCAAAUUCGACAUGGCAAACGCCUAUCUCCAGGCGUCCCGUGGGCCUACUGGCCUAGGUCGUUCCUUCUCGUAUUCUGAUCGACCAGUGUACCCUCCCGCCGCGCCCUCGCCACCGCCCACCAACCCCAAGAAGGCUUUUGUGGUGGAAGAGUCUGAUUCGGAUGACUAUGUCCGAAGAUCCGCUGCACCCUCUCGACGCGGGUCUGGCGAUGGCCCUCGGGCCUCCCGCGAGCGCUCCGCAUACCGUAAAUCGUCAAAUGAGGUCCUCGACGACAACGUUCGCGCCGUUCCUUCGCCUGCUGCUCGCCACACCGCUUCCUUCAGCCGAGGCACCCCUCUAGGCAGCUCGCCCCCGCGCCACGACAUGCCUCUCCCCCGCGUUAACUCGAUGCCCCAGCAGCCCAACUUUGCUCGGCCCGGUCCGGGCAUCACCCGCGCGCAUACCUUUGCCACGGCGGAAAUGCCUCGUGGCCGUGAGCGAUCCCGCAAUCAGCCGCAGGCGCACGUGGAGUCGUCCGACUCAGAAGACGACCGCAGAUAUCGCAGUCGAAGGACAGCCUCGCCCGAGGCAGCCCCUCGCGACGUCUUCCGCUAUGUCGAUCCCGAAGGGCCGCGCCGUCCCCGCCGCUCGACAAAGGACGCUGACACCGGCCAUGCUCAUUACGUGCACGGAGGGCAACCAGUGCGUGUGUCCGAGUCGCGCAUUCCCCCAAACUACCGAGACCCCGGCUACCCCAUGCCUCCCAGCAACCGCUACCCUAACGUCGCGACCAGCAAGUACGACAACGUCCGGUACAGUGAAUACCAUUCACCGUACAACAGCGCCGUACGAGCUUGA